AUGAACAAUUCAGCGGGGUUUGACGAAACAUUCCCAGAUGACGAGGAGUCAGCGACCUGCACGCCCUUCAAUCCGCCUCCCCUCCCACAACUCACCAACUCACCCCAAACAAUCCCAGACUCCUGUCUAAGCCUCUCAACCCCCCUCCUCGCCGCCAUCCACGCCUGUCUCCCGCCAGCGCCCGCCCUCGUCCUCUCCAUAGGCAGCGGCACCGGCCUCGUCGAGGCCCUCCUCCAAGCCCUGCCCCCUCCCCCGCUCAACCUCGUCAGCGUCGAGGUCGCGCCCAGCCCGAACAAGUACCACGCGCCUCACCGCACCGUCGCGGGCACGUGGGCGCUGGAGCCGCUCGCGAAGGAGGCCGGGGCCUGGGUGUUUGUGUAUCCCAAGCAGGUGGCCUUGGUGAGGGCGUACAUGGCGACGUUGACCGCCGCCGGCGGCGGGCCGGAGACGGUUGUGUAUGUCGGUCCGAGGAUGGACUGGGAUGAGUUCGGGGCUGCUUUUGAGGGGAAGGGGGAGGUCGAGGUCUGGAGUGAGCAGAGGAUGGAGGAGGUUGGGGGACGGGCGUGGGAGUGUGUUGCUGUUUUGCGGGUGCCGGGGAAGUGA